GCUUUAAAGCAGACCAAGCCGAGAGCGGCCUGGCCACAAUUUAUCGGGGACGACACCAUGGACCGUGUCCGACCGUAAUAACUCGGACUAAACCCCCCUUACAUUAAAACCCGGACUAAACAUCCGGACUCAAUUGGGACAGAACCGCGACCGAAACUGGAUUCCGCCUCGAGUGUCGGAGCUUUUGAACCGGAGGCGCUAUUAGCCGGGCCUUCCUUCCAAAAUGGCCGACACAGAGGUCUCCCUGUCCCCAGCUCUCCAACCACUCCACAUUAGCCCCUCCCACUCUGCUCCACCUCCUCCAGCAUCCUCCUCAUCUCCCACCACGUUCUCCUGCCCCUCCUCGCCCUCCAGCGCCUCCUCCUCCUCCUCGUCUUCGUCGUCAUCUUCCUGCUCUGAGAGCUCCUCAGACUGCCCCAAUCACCGCCACCACCAUCAUCAUCAUCAUCCCCGGCCCCAGCUGCAACUUCCCCCGCCCCCCCAUGGCGAGCAGCCGUCCUCCCCCAGCGCCAGCCCCCGCAGCUCCAGUCCGAGUGGGAGCAUCGGCAGCACCGGCAGCAUCGCCAGCAGCAGCGCCAGCGAGGGCAUCGGCAGCGGCGUGUCGAGCGGCGGUGAGCAGCGGGGCCCCAGUCCCCUGCUGGACGUCAUCUCGGAGGACGCCAUGGAGAUGGACCUGGGCGUCGACCCAGUGAUCGAUCCMGAGGUGGCGCUCAAGGCCUGCCAGGAAGUGCUUCUUAAAGUAAAAAUGCUGGACAAUAAGCAGCAACAAGAUGACCAAAAACAACAACAAAGCUACCCGGAUGUCCCGGAGCACUGUGGCCCACAGUGGCACAUCGACCCCGAGACGAGCUCCAUCAGAGAGGAAGACGAGAACGAGGACGAGAGGCAGAAGGACGUGGCUAAAACUCAGCAAGACCCCUCGUCUUUAGCCGGUUUGGAGUCGUCCUCGACGUCUAAACAGUCCUGGCUGCUGCGCCUCUUUGAGUCCAAGCUGUUUGAUGUCUCCAUGGCCAUUUCUUACCUGUACAAGUCGAAGGAGCCGGGGGUGCAGGCGUACAUCGGAAACCGCCUCUUCAGUUUCCCCGACAGCGAGGUGGACUUUUACCUGCCGCAGCUCCUGAACAUGUACGUGCACAUGGACACGGAGGUGGGGGACGCCAUCAGACCCUACCUGAUCCAUCGCUGCAAAUCGAGCAUCACCUUCUCUCUGCUGUCGGCCUGGCUGCUGGGCGCCUACUCCUCCGACAUGCACAUCUCCACGCAGCGUCACUCCAGAGGCACCAAACUGCGAAAGCUCAUCCUGUCGGACGAGUUCAAACCUCCGUGUCCUCCCGCCGAGGRGCCCCGAUCCGUUUCGGCGUCGGCCUCCGACAGCCCGCUGUCCUCGCCGCCCCACCGCCGCUGCCACCGCCGGCACAACAGCAACAACGUGGACCCCUCAGCCUCCGCGUUCGGCCCCGUCCCAGACGGCUCCGAUCAGGGGGAUGUGUUCGUGUCCCCGACCAGGAGAACCCAUCAGAGGUCCAAGUCGGACGCCACCAUGGUGAGCAGUGGGACCAGCACGGGCCUCAGACGGACGGGGAGUAACCCGAAGGUGGAGGCAGUCCACGAGGAGCCGGAGCGUCUUCGUCCUCAGAGGGAGUUUGUGAAGUCCCUGUUCGGGAUCGGGAAGCGUUUGGCCACGCUGCCGACCAAAGAGCAGAAGACUCAGCGGCUGAUCUCCGAGCUGUCGCUGCUCAAUCACAAGCUUCCCGCCCGUGUGUGGCUGCCCACCGCCGAUCACCAGCACCACGUCUGCAGAGUCCCCAACACGCAGGCGGUGGUCCUCAACUCCAAGGACAAGGCGCCGUACAUCAUCUAUGUGGAGGUUUUGGAGUGCGAGAGCUUCGAGACGUCUCCCGUUCCAGCCCGGAUCCCAGAGACCCGGAUCCGCACGGCCCGCUCCGCAGAGAACCUGGACUGCGGCUCGGCGGCUAACGGCGGCAGCAUGACGUCGGAGCACAGAGCGGGAAGUUUCUCCACCGUCCCAAACUACGACAACGACGACGAGGCCUGGGCCACCGACGACAUCGGGCAGCUGCAGGUGGAGGGGGAGGCUCAGACCAGCAGCAGUGACAACAUCAGUCAGUUUUCAGUGGACAGCAUCACGAGUCUGGAGAGCAAAGAGCCGGUGUUCAUCGCUGCUGGAGACAUCAGACGCCGCCUGUCAGAGAARCUCGCUCAGACGCCCACCACGUUCAAGAGGGACCCCGAGGACCCAUCAGCRGUUGCCCUCAAGGAACCCUGGGAGGAGAAAGUCAGGCGGAUCAGAGAAGCCUCUCCGUACGGUCACCUUCCCAACUGGAGGCUGCUGUCGGUCAUCGUGAAGUGUGGAGACGACCUGAGGCAGGAGCUGCUGGCCUAUCAGGUCCUCAAACAGCUGCAGUCCAUCUGGCAGCAGGAGAGGGUUCCUCUGUGGAUCAAACCUUACAAGAUCCUGGUGAUGUCCUCCGACAGCGGGAUGAUCGAGCCCGUCCUCAACGCCGUUUCUCUGCACCAGGUGAGGAAACAGAGUCAGCUGUCUCUGCUGGAUUAUUUCCUGCAAGAACACGGCAGCUUCACCACGGAGGCCUUCCUCACCGCUCAGAGGAACUUUGUCCAGAGCUGCGCCGGGUACAGUCUCAUCUGUUACCUGCUGCAGGUCAAGGACAGGUUCCCACCUGCCGUGCUUCAACGGCUCCAGCACCAUCCGUGGCCUGAAGGAGCGUUUCCACAUGUCCCUGACGGAGGAGCAGCUCCAGCUGCUGGUGGAGCAGCUGGUGGACGGGUCCAUGCGCUCCAUCACCACCAAACUCUACGACUCCUUCCAGUACGUCACCAACGGCAUCAUGUGACCCGUUUACACCGGGGAGGGACGCCCUCAGGCCAGGUUUUUCUUCAGUUCUCCCUCGUUCUGAUGGAAACCAGGAGAUCCACGUUGACUUCCUGGAUUUAAAUUUUGUGAUUCUUCUGGAAUCUGGGUCGGAUUUUUGUGUAGGAUCUUGGAAAGUACAGAAUCUGAAACUUUUCCAGAUCAACAAACACUAUGUAGAAAAAAAAGGCCAGAGACUUAAAAGACUGAGCUGCUGCCUGAGAUGGAUUUAUUUUAAACCUAAAGGACUUCUACUGGYCUCUACUCUGAACCAGCUCGUGAGCUUUUAGUUUGGUUUGCGGGUCAGGUCGAGGUUGCAUCGCCGCUUCUGAAAGGGUUUGAUCAAGCUGGGCAUCGUCAUUUCAUCGUGAAGGAAACCAUGCCAUCAUCUUUCUUCGUUAAGCUCCUGGGAUUGUCGCCACUUUUGACUUAAUUAGUCGCAUUGUGAAGAAAAAAAUUGCACAAAAACUGUAAAUGUGUUUUUGUGAAUUGGUGAAAUGAAAUUAAUUUUCUCAGUCUUAAGUGUUUAGAAGUUUUAGAAGAUGACAGAAAAGAAUAGCUACCAGAAACCACAGAAAAUGGAAAAAUCUUUAUAAAAAUGCUUUUCUGCUGCACGUUAUCCCAUGACAGCAGCUUGUUCCAGCUGAUGCUUGUUAGAUAAAAUUCACCAGCAGGACGUCUGGCUGUGGCGUCUCGACUGAUCCAGGAACUUUAUUCAUAUUUGUGGUUGUUCUUGAGCAACAGAAACACUAAAUGGUCAAAGCACAACAUGAACUAAGAUGAGACUUUUCUGGAUUUUUGAGAGAAACAAAACUAAUUUGAAAUUUUGUUUGAGAAUAGUUUUCUCAAUUGAACUUGAAUGCUUAAUGUUUAAGUGUUUUCACCAAACCGCUUUUGCAACUGCAAAAUCUGAGCUCAUAAAUAAAAGGAAGUGCAGCUUGACAACACAGAAUAUAACCACCAGAGGCUAAUGAUGAUAAAUUUUGGAUACAAACAUUAGCAUGCUAACAAAAUGUGCCAGUUUGAGCUUAAAACUCAAACUGUGACCAUAGACUGGGACAUAAUGUGUAAAAACUGUAGCAAAUGUAAUGUUGCAUUCUGCAUCCUGACCAGCAGAGGGCGACUCUGUUACCAGGGUUCCUGCAGAUCCUUAAAGUCCAAAAAUAAGGCCUUAAUUAGCCUUAAAAUGUCUAAAAUCAAUCAUUCAUAGGUCUUAAAAAUUUUACCACAUUUUAUGUAGGAUGACUAAUUCAUCUUAAAUAUUACAAUGAUUGGUAAAAUUUUUGUUUUUUAAAUAAUUGACCGAAUGCCUCUUACAGCUCGUUUUAUUUUAAAAUAAAUAUUUGGCUAAAACUGUUGCUAACUGGGGUUUUUUCCGUUUGUGUUCAUUGUGAAGUUGAUCUUAAAUUUCAUUUCAAGUGGCAUUAAUUAGGUCUUGAAAAGUCUUAAAUUUUACUUGCCUUAAGCUGCAGGAACCCUGGUUACAGACGUCUACAUGAAAUUAACUGUUCUUGAUCGUUUAUCUUUAAAAAUAUGAUUCUACGAUUCUAAUCGAUAGUUCCAAAAGAUAUUUAAUAGAGCAAAAUUUAAAUUUUUACAAAUAAAUUAUAAUGUUAAUUAGAAAGGAUGUCGUCCACAUUAUGAUGCUAACAAGUCUUAUGGUUUUAGUCACUAGGUUUUAAAAUGCGAGAACAGUGAGCUAUAGCUAAACUUAUCAACUAAAAGAAAUUUCAAAAUAAGAGUUUUGAGCUCUUUAGUCAUAUUUAUAAUUGGACACUAUUUUUCGCCUUUUAUAAACAAGAAUUUUAAUGAAUUUACUUGCUGUUUAAUAGUUUUCUGAUUACAAGUAUCUUCUGCCCCAUAAARGUUCAAAUAAUUUAGUGUUUUUGAUCAUUUAAAAACUUUCAUAAACAACGUGCUGCAGGUUUUGCAGAUGUGAUCACUGUCUGGUGGAUAAACUGCAACUUUUUAAUAUUUAUUUUUGCCUCAUUCAAGGUCCAAGUUUAAUUUCAGAAAAGGAUUUGUAAUUUAUUAUUCCUUCUCUAAUUUUCUGUCAAAACACUUGUGGUAAAAAUGCUAAUCUGACGCUAAUGCUAACAACACAAAUCUAAAACACAGACUACACAAAAACACGGCUAUGUUCACUUUAGGCAAAAAUGGUGACAGAGCUGCAUGGGAACGACUUAACGUCUAUAAGGAAGAAUCCGUUUGUUUUUAUCGCUCUAAAUGUGUUACAGUUGAACGAGCAUGUUGUAUUUGCAUAUUUAACGAACCGUAACGUGCUUCCUCCUGAUUGGUUAAGACACAUUCCUCUGACUGAUACCAGCCAAUCAGGAGAGGCGGUUCUGUGCAUCAGUUUCAGAAAAAAAGGGACUUUGAAAGUUCAGUUUUGAUCUGAUGGGGUUCCUGAACAUGUGAAAGUGUUUAUUUUUUUUCUAAUUGUCCACUAAAAUCUUGUAAUAUUGUUCUCGUACAGAUGUGUUGACAAGUGGACGCUUCUUGCUUCCAUUUUAAAACCACUCAAGGUGUUGGACUAACGUUGUAACUCUCGGCACUGGCUUUACUCCAAAGUCCUAAACGCAAGAAUUAACAAAGCGUUUUAGACCUAAAAAUAUAUUUCCUCAUGAGGGGAAGCACUUAGAAUAUUUUUCUUUACGUACUGUAUCCUGAGGUUGAAAAUCCGAUUAAACAGUCCAAGGCUGUUUGAUCAGUUUUGUUGUGAGGUUCCCGUCUUAAAGUGCAAACAGACGAGCCUUAAGGUGUGCUAAAUCGCAUCUCUGCAGCUUGCUAUUGCAACUAUAUUACUGUGUGCUAAUGAUUUGUAAUUGUAACCUUAAACCGUGCAACAAAAAUAGUGUUUAGUGCUGCUCGGAYCUUUAGCUCGUGCUUGUGAAAGAGGAUUACAGCAUAAUUAAAGUCAUCAGGUCAGACAUGUUUACAAACUAAAACAACUGAUAACUGAACAUCUGGUGCUGCUGCACGGCACCGCUGCAUUCAGGAGCUGAGCCUCGACACCAGCAGCUGUUUAUCCUCGUCCCCAAAUCAGUCUGGUUUAUUCUGAAGACGGUUUUUAUUUAUUGUGAACGAGUUACCGAACAAUAGGACAAUUCAAUCAGCCUAAAAAUUUUAAUUUUAGUGAGCAAACGGGCAUCCUAUGAUAGCUUUUAUCCAUACCUUCUAGCUUAGCAACAUGCUAAACUAGCUUCGGUUUCAUUUAAUUAAGUUAAAAUGUUGAUUAAAUUUAAAUUUGACUUUAAAAAUGAAGUUGAAUGUGAAAUAUUGGCUGAGGAAAUAGAUCUUCCAGCUGAUUCGAUGUUUAAUAUUAUUAGCAAUGAUUGGGCCGACUAAACAAACUUCUCUUUGUGUAAAUAUUACUCCUUUAUUUCUGAAUAUAUAUAUUGAAUAAAUUCUAGCUAGCCCAACAAAUCUAGCAGCUAAAUGACUGAAGUAAAGUGACAUUUUUGUGAUUUGCUAAUGUUUAUUUUGUCACAUUUAUCUUAAUUUUUUUGUAUUUGCUCCAUUUAAACCAUUUUGUUUUGUAAUUGAUGUGUUUUUUGCGCCAUGAGGAACAAUUUGCAAUUAUUUUACACUGAAUUGAGACGUUUGUGGAGUUGAAUAUAAAGCCAGUGUCUAGAGAACUGUUAGCCUGACAUCUUUGUCCACUUCAUUCUUUUUGAAUGUUUUAUAUUUUUUGUUUAGUUUUGACCACUAUUGAGGGACAAAAGCACAUAUUUGUUGUUGUGAAAGCAACAUCCUGUUACGUUUAUGCUAACCAUCAGCCUGCUACUUUAAACAUAGCUGUGACUAAAGUUUACCAGAUACGCAACUGAAAUAGCAAACAGUUUUUUUUGCUCUUUUUUUUUUUUUCUUAAACUGUAAAAUAAAAUGUUAUAGUAGUUAUGUUUGUUUGUUUCUGUAAGAAAAAUUGCUGCCUUGAGACGUACAGAAGGUACAAACUCUUAUCAAUGCAACCGGAGGGACGAUGGUGUUCGGACCUCAUAAGUGCUUUUUAUAUUUGAUAUUUGAAGACUUCGGGGGCGAGUUUUAAUAGUCGGAUGUCCUCCUCUUUGACGUUUACCACCACAUUAUUGUAAACAUUUGAGAAAUUGUUGAACUGUCAAAAGUAUCCCUUUAAAACAAAACUGUAAUAUAGUGAAAAUAGAAAAAAAAAGUGUUUUCUGACUAAAGUUUUGUUGCGGAAACGACCGUUCUGUUGAAACUCGCCCUGCGACUGAAAACCUUUCAUUGCCUUCUUUGUUCCUUUCAUCAGCUCUGAACAGUUUGACACUAUCAAUGUGAAAAACUUUAAUUAAGUGCAUUUAUUCUAAGGUUUGUGUUGUUUGAAAAGACUCCUUGUUGUUGUCAACUUCAUUUGGAAGUAAAAAUUUGUCACUAAACACUUUUUUGGGGUAAAAUUUUAUCAAGGUAUUUUGACUGAAGUCUGACAAAAAGGCACAUUUCAUUCCAAAAUGCUAACUAAAGCCAAGUGCAAAAUGAACUUUUUAUGUAAAAAAAA